UCUCUCUCUCUCUCUCUCUCUCUCUCUCUUCCAGAGCUUUUACGUUUGUGAAAUGAGAGAAGGCUUGUGCCUUCAACUUCCCCACCUUUCGUACUAAAUGAUACACCCAUAACCUCCUCUCUACCUCUGCCAAAUAGCCAUGCUGUUACCGCUGAAGUUCUCCUUCUUCUUCUGAAAUUUGUAGUUGAAAUGGGAAGACGCACGCUUUUCCUUGUUUUCAUUUUUUUAUGCUUACAAUAUAUUUUCAGCAUAUUAGAUUUUGUUUCUGCUAAUAGCUCGCUGCUGAAUCAUGCCAUUGUUUCAACCAACUCAAACAACGAGAAUACUCUCCUUCCUUAUGUUUCGCCGAAUGGUUCUCCUCGUCCAUUUAUUCCAUUGCUCACACCUUCCCCUUUGGCUCCUUUUAUGAACAGUACCACACCAAAACUAUCAGGGCAUUGUGGGCUAAACUUCAGCGCCACCAAUGAUUUGAUGAAAACCACUGCCGUCGAUUGCUUAACUUCUUUCGCACCUUUGUUGGCCAAUGUGAUUUGUUGCCCACAGUUGCAUGCUACGCUCGCUAUCCUUUUAGGUCAAUCAAGCAAGCAGACGGGGAUGCUCGCUCUGGAUUCUACUCAUGCAAACUAUUGCCUAUCAGAUAUCCUCCAGAUUUUAGGAAGUCAGGGAGCCAGUUUUGAGCUUCGGCAAAUUUGUUCAAUUUAUCCAUCAAAUCUUAGCGAAGGUUUGUGCCCCAUUGGCGAUGUCAAUGGGGUUGAGAGUGCUAUUGACUCUUCUAAACUCCUCGCUGCUUGCAAGAAAGUUGACCCGGUGAAUGAGUGCUGCAGCAAAGUAUGUCAGAAUGCUAUUUUCAAUGCUGCAGAGAAGAUUUUGAUGAGAGACAGUGGCAUAACGAGGAUGGGAAAGAUGCAUAAUUUGACGGAAAAAGCAUCGAGAGUUGAUGAUUGUCGAAGCAUUGUACUCAGAUGGUUAUCGAGUAGACUCGACACAGUAUCUGCUACGAAAGUUCUUCGAAGCGUGUCCAACUGCAACGUCAAUGGAGUUUGUCCGCUUGUCUUCCCAGAUACCAGAAGUAUUGAUAAAGAAUGCGGAAAUAAGAUAAAAAACCACACUAGAUGUUGCCAUGCUCUGAAUAAAUAUGUAGCUCACUUGCAGAAACAAAGCUUCAUAACCAAUUUACAAGCAGUGGAUUGCGCUUCAAAACUGUCUCUACAGUUGCAAAAUGCAAAUGUUAGCAUUGACGUUUACAGACUCUGUGAAAUUACUCUGAAGGAUUUUUCGCUCCAAGUCGGAUCUCAAGAAUCUGGAUGUCUCCUGCCAAGUUUGCCUUCAGAUGCAACUCUGGACCCUUCUACUGGGAUCAGCUUCACUUGUGAUCUUAAUGACAAUAUUGCAGCUCCGUGGCCCUCUGCCUUUCACCCACCUUCAACUUCAUGCAAUAAAUCAGCAACUAAUUUUCCAGAACUUCCAGCUGCAACAUCUGCGCAGAUUGGUAAAGUAGGAAAACAUAUGAAGUUUUAUCUGUUUACUACCUCAUUGUUCUUUCUAAUUCUUGUAUGAUCUUCACUGCGCUUAUCCCAUCUAGAGCUAUAUUUAUGAAGAAAUUUCAUGUCCAUCAACAAAGUUAAUCUUCAUUAUGCUAAUGGAAGCAAAUUCUUUGAAGUUGAGUUGCAUAGAUGAUCGAGUGUGUUAAUUUAGCAAGGCUGAUUAGUUCUAUUUUGCAUUUCUGCCCACCAUUCUUGUAAAAAGUAAACGCUGUAAAGGCGAGUUCCUUGAGCUUAGUUGGUCAUUAUUGUAACAUGUAUAAUUCUUUUUAAGCUUUUUCCUACUUUCUCUAUUUGCAGUAGUGUAUAUAAUUGCAGCUUGUUGGAAUUUCUCAGCUUCAGUAAUGUAAUAAUUUAAUUUGUUGCAA